GGCUAGAUGCAGGGGAGUGGUUCCCAGGUUACCGUAUGGAAAAGAGUGAGAACUACUGCCCUAGGGACUGACCAUUCUACAGUCUAGAUCUCACCAUCAGGGCAGCCUAAACUCCCGGUCAGUGUCACUGUUACUGAUCAGGGAGAUGAGAGCAUGAAGGCCAGUUUAAAAUAUUAUUAUCUAGGGCUGUUGCACGUGUUACAGGAUCUUGAGGCUGUGGCUACACAACAAGCUGCCUUGUUUUAACUAACGGUGUGAUUUUUAACUGAUUUUAGUUAAUCCGAAGCAAACCAGUGUGGACACUCAGAUUAAACCAGUUUGGUUUUCCUAGACAGUCAGCUAGGGGGAGUGAAGGAUGCAGUUUUGGAGAUGAGUGCCACCAAGGAGGACAGCCGGUGUCAGAAGGCAGUUCGGAUUGUCACUGACCUGUGCCGGAAGAAAAGCCUGCCCAGCCUGGAUUUGGACACCUGCAGGGGGUUCCUCCUCCUGCCUUCAGACCAGAGCCUGAGUAUCUCGGAGCCAGAGCUCUCCAUCAGCCUCCUUGCAGUGAUAGUUAUUGUGUGUGGCCUCGCCUUGGUGGCAGUUUUUCUCUUUCUCUUUUGGAAGCUGUGCUGGGUGCCCUGGAGGAACAAGGCCAUUUCUUCUAACGUUUCCCAGAGCGAGGCGGCCUGCAACCAGGAGACCAUGGCAGACAAGCUAAAGGACACAGGCGCACUUGGCUUCCUGGAGGCAGCUGUGAAGAUCAGCCACACCUCGCCGGAUAUCCCAGCCGAGGUCCAGAUGUCCAUGAAAGACCAUAUCAUGCGGCACGCACGGCUACAGAGGCAAACGACAGAGCCGGCGUCGUCCACCAGGCACAUUUCCUUCAAGAGGCACCUGCCUCGGCAGAUGCACGUGUCCAGCAUGGACUAUGGCACAGACCCGCCCCUUGAGGCCGAGCAGCCAACCAGCAUCGGCAGGAUUAAACCAGAGCUUUAUAAGCAAAAGUCUGUGGACUCCGAGGACCCGAAGAAGGAGGCGGCAAAAACCUGUGGGAAAAUAAACUUCACCCUCAAAUAUGACUAUGAGAACGAGACGCUGAUUGUGCGGAUCCUCAAGGCCUUUGACCUGCCGGCCAAGGAUUUCUGCGGCAGCUCAGACCCCUACGUCAAGAUCUACCUCCUGCCCGACAGGAAGCGCAAGUUCCAGACACGAGUCCACAGGAAGACUCUAAACCCCACCUUCGAUGAGUCCUUCCACUUCCCUGUGCCCUAUGAGGAGCUGACUAGCAGGAAACUCCACCUGAGUGUCUUCGACUUCGACAGGUUCUCCCGGCAUGACAUGAUAGGGGAGGUUAUCUUGGAGAACCUGUUUGAGGCCUCGGACAUUUCCCGGGAAACCUCCAUCUGGAAGGACAUUCAGUACGCGACAACUGAAAGCGUGGACCUGGGAGAGAUCAUGUUUUCCCUUUGUUAUUUGCCAACUGCAGGUCGCCUCACCUUAACAGUAAUUAAAUGCAGGAAUCUUAAAGCUAUGGAUAUUACUGGCUACUCAGAUCCAUAUGUCAAGGUGUCUCUGCUUUGUGAUGGGCGGAGGCUGAAAAAGAAGAAAACCACCAUUAAGAAAAACACUCUUAAUCCUACCUACAAUGAGGCGAUAAUCUUCGACAUUCCCCCAGAGAACAUGGAUCAAGUUAGUCUUCUUAUCUCCGUCAUGGAUUAUGAUAGAGUUGGUCAUAAUGAGAUCAUUGGAGGUUGCCGUGUGGGGAUCAAUGCCGAGGGACUGGGCCGAGACCACUGGAACGAGAUGUUGGCAUACCCUCGCAAACCGAUCGCACACUGGCACCCAUUAGUGGAGGUGAAGAAAUCCUUCAAAGAGUGGCAAGGCCGAGCAGCGAGCUUCGACAGCCAAGGCUCGUGUCCAUCUCCUAAGCCACCUCCCACACCAUGAGCCACCGAACCAGUGGACUAGAAUGGGACUAAACAAAGUUCUUUUGCACUUGUCCUACACAGUCUGAACAACUUAUUGCUGAGUGGCACCAGCGAGGCACUCCAGGCCUAGUUGUUCCAAUGUAGGUAAAGGCAGAAGAAACGCUUUGUGGUCAAAUUUGUCUUGGUUUGUUACGUCUCCCAAGGUGAUGUUUGUGGCUUUCAUUUUAUGGAUCUGCUGUCAGAGGAAGAAGAUGGAACAAGACAUGAGCUGGAAGGUUGGUCUGUAAAAUAACCUGUAAAAUGCUGGACCAGUACCAGAGAUCUUCUCAGCCUCUCUGAACACCGAUGACAUGCCCCGGGGAAGAGGCAUGGGGAGAAGCAUGCGGCUGCAUUUUCUGCCUCUGAUUGGAACUGUAUAAAUAGAAGCCUUGAUUAGACUUCAUGUGACCAGUUCUUUAUUAUUGUGAUCAAUCUGAAUUCAGCCACAUGUUUACAGGUUUCUUAUUCAUGUAGAAAUGUUCAUGAGCCUUUCAAAGUUUGUGCCGUGUGUACCCCAAACUUCCUUCUGUGACGUAUUAAAGAUUUGUUGAUUCCUCAGGGAAAAUGAUCCAUUCUCUGUAUCUGUAUUCUCCCUAGGGCUAUUUGCAUGAACAGUUACGAUCCUGUCUGCACCUGCUGCUCAUUCCUCUGUGACAUCAUUUGUCUGAUGUGGAGUGAAGAGGACUGUAUUGACACAAGCAGGGUUCCGAUGUGAGGUGGGAAAUGGGUUAUAGGAGCAGGUGAAAGUCUUGCAUGAACACUAGAUCUUUAUUUUAUAAAUAGUCCUAGUAGUACAGCGUGAGAGAAUACAGGGGAGCACAAAACAUAUAAACAAGUGG